CUGACAUUUCUUUCGGGCCCAUUCACAAUUAACAAAAAAUAAAGAAAAGUGCUUAUCGAAUUGGAUAAGCCAAAAAAAAAGCCAGUCGUAUUCCAAAUGUUAAAAUAAAUCAAAAAAAAAAUGGUUAAUAAAUCCGAUGACAGUGCAGCAGCCAAACAACCAACAUUUCAUUUUAUUCGAGAAGUCUACGACAGUGGAAAUGCCCACGAAUCAUUUGAGGCCGAAUUGGAUAAGGGACUCGAGGCCAAAGUCGAUUACAUAAUAAUCGAGCCGACUCGACUCGGCGAUGAAACAAGCCGUUGGAUCACUGUUGGCAACUGUUUGCACAAGACCGCUGUUGUCUCCGGUCUAGCAUCAAUUAUCUCAGGCGUCCUAUGGCAGGAGCGGCCUAUCUUCAGUGCACCGCUGUGCGCUGUGUCCGUCUUCUGCACGGGCCUAUACACAGUCUCAUGGAACUAUGAUCCAUGUUGUCAGUACCAGGUGGAACGAGAUAUUACGAAACUGAAAAGUAUACCCCUGGCAGAUGUGUCCUCACCAGUAGUUUUAGGCUAUUCAGAUAACUCUAAAACCAAGUACUUCCAUCGCGGAGUCACAUUAUUAUCGGCAGCAUUUUGUGCAUGGCAGAUUUAUAAGGCCUACAAGUAGUAGUAGCUCAAAAAACAACAAAAACAAUAUUUUAUUAAAAAUUUAAAAACA